UUUUCCUAAGGUAACUUCAAAACCGGUUUGAUUCCAUGGUGGGAAUCGCCUACUGUAGAGAUCUUGCUGCAGGUCAGACUAUCCUCAGAAAUGUUAAUCCUCUCUCUCUCUCCUCUCUACCUCUCUGCUGUUACAGGAGACGCACACCCUGCAUGUUACAGCCAGAAUACAGGAUCUAUGAACUCAACAAGCGACUGCAGAAUUGGACCGAGGAAUGUGACAACCUCUGGUGGGACGCUUUCACUGCUGAGUUUUUUGAAGAUGACGCAAUAUUAACGGUGGCCUGUUGUCUGGAAGAUGGGCCCAAGAGAUACACAAUUGGCCGGACCCUUAUCCCCCGGUAUUUCCGCAGCAUCUUUGACGGGGGAGCAACAGAUCUGUACUUUAACCUGCGGCACUCGAAGGAACUGUUCCACGGUAACCUAGUGAUCCUGGACUGUGAGCAGAGCAGUAUGGUGUCCCUACACAGCAAACCCAUCUUCACCAAGGUGUGUACAGAAGGCCGGCUCUACCUGGAGUUCACCUUUGAUGAUCUGAUGCGGAUAAAGAACUGGCAUUUUAGCAUUCGCAAAAAUGGGGAGCUGCUGUCUCGUGGGCUCCUGGCAGCACACGCCCAGGAUCCUGCAAUGCUGGAGCAAUUGUCUAACAGCAUCACCCGGUCCGGCCUGUCAAACUUCACACUGAAUUACCUCAGACUCUGUGUCAUACUGGAACCAAUGCAGGAGCUGAUGUCCAGACAUAAAACCUACAGCCUGAGCCCCCGGGACUGCCUGAAGACAUGUCUGUUCCAGAAGUGGCAGCGGAUGGUGGCACCUCCAGCUGAACCCGUCAGACCCCCGACAACCAAGCGGCGAAAAAGGAAGCAAUCAGGAGGGAACGCGGCGGGUGCUGGCACAGCCAUUAACAGCAAGAAGAAGAGCAGCCCUGCCACAGGCUUCAGUCUGGCCACUCAGGUACCUAUAUAAAGCUAAGUCUAGGUUCCCCCACGUGAAGAAUAGAGGCAGUGGGUGAGGUACUGGAGGGCUGCUCGCACCUGGACCUGAACACCAACAUUCAGCAGGGCCUUGAGGAGCGGAGGAGCACACAAACAGCUCAGUCACUGUGAGGGCAGCCGCCAAUUGACAUUUGUACUCUCGUUCCACUCAGCAAGCAGUCGCCAAUGGGGCAAGUGAACAAGGGCAAGGAAAGCUGAUGGGAGAGAAGUGGUGUUUCUCUUUACGUUGUCACCGUAGGUAGCCAAGAAAGUGGUUCAGAGUCAAAUAGCCUUUGCUCAGUCCUGUCCUCCUGUGAGGGUCCCACUCUGUGUGAGUUGCAGAACCAAUUCCACUCCCAGUAAGUACUGACACAGACCCCUUUAGGGGGAGCUUAAUCCUCCCAUUAGCAAAACCCACUAAAUGUCAAAAUCAAUUUUCACUGAUUACAUUGGGCCGUGGAUGGCACUUGUUCCCAUUCAUAUUUACGCAUGUACAAAAAGGCUUUUUUUUUAAUAUAUGUAGAAGUCCUGAAAAACAUAAUCAUCUUUCAAACAUGAAAAAAAUUUGACGUUCGCCUUGAAGUCACUACACAAAACCCUAAACCCCUCGCCGUGCGGGAGAUUAAUUAGAAACACCCUCGACGACGACAGCUCCUCUUCCCAAUUCUUCUGUGAACUAGAACGCAUGAACUCCCCUCCCCAGUGCAGUGUAGCAUUAAAGUCUGCAGACCUCAGGGAAGUAAUAGCUUGUAUAUUUUGCUCAUCAACCUUCCUAGACCAUUGCUUGUCCUUCCACUGUACCCCAUCCAGGCAGUUUGCUCUAACAAUCAUGGCCACCACAUCUGACUUUAGGCUAGUGUAAGUUUUGGGGGUGAAAGCACUUAUUUUCUGCCCUGCUGUCGGCUGACGUUUGUUCUGUGACCUGAUUGCGUGACGCUGUACACUGUUCAGACUUUUUUUAAAAAAAACAAGGUUUGGAUCAGCAAUAUUUUAAUUGACGACGUUCUCUUUCCCAAAUAAUCUUUGAAGGAUUUUAUCAAAAAAAAAUAACCAAAGCUGGUUCUUUAAACAAUUCAGACAGAGGGUUUGUAGUAGAAUCUGCUCUCUCCGCUGGACGCUAGCAGCAGCAGAAGCUGUUGAAAAGUUCUGGGUGCAGAUGGAUUUGUCCUCCUUCAGCCAGAAGGUCCCCACUGGCCUCAGCACCGCUAUGUGAUUAGGAUCCCUCGUUGAAGAGAACUAACUGACUGAUUGACAGUGAGGUUGAGCCUGGGAUUUGGGCUGUUGUGCAGCAAUCUUAACGAUGGGGAGCCAGGAGAAAGCAGCUUUCACCAAUGCCCUCAUGGAUACGUAUAGGAACACUACACUAUAGUACACUACUGACCUCUGGAAAUUGAUCAGAUUCUCUGACAAGCCCGACACUCAUUGAGACUGGAAUUUAAUGGAACAAUGACUUCAUGACCAAUCACUCUUUUGGUGGCUUGUCUUUCCCAUCUGGUCAGGUGCUGGUUGAGGUGGGAGGUUGAGUGACUAGGUGUCAUUCCUUUCUCUAUCGAUGUGAGCGUGGUUCUGGAAACGGGCGAGUUGCCAACGGUAGCAGCUUCGGAGCUUUUAGCGAACGUGUUUUUUUUUUCUUCCGAUGGGUUUAAUAAUGAUAAUCCUCUUCAUGUUAGUGUUUGGAGUUCAACUGGGAUCGCAACCAAAGUUGUCUUCCAUCUGUCUGUGUGUGUGAACACAUUGUUAACCAAUAUGGAAUUGAACCCCUUUGUAUUUGCCUGAUAAAUGUACCUUACCUGCUUGAAAGGCACCCUCAAUGUUUGCCCGCUGACUGUUUUGUGCAGGACCUCGCUGUGAUAUCUUCAGCAUGUUGAUGGCACAAUCAAGAGACUCUUCAGCAAAGCAGCGCAUCUUCACUGAUCGUUUUGAUUCCUCAGUUUAUUUUCUUUCCCCAGGUUGAGUUUGCAACAGAGGAGUGUGUGUGUGUGCGCUCCCAACCUUAGGAGGUGUUACACUCAAUGACGCUUAGGAUGUGACCUAUAGUUUUGCCCACAAAAUAUACAGUCAAUUCACUUUACAGUAUAUUCUGU